AAAUUCUUUGCACAUGUCUUUUAUUUUGAAGACUAAAAAAUGGUUUUUCUUGGAAUUAUUGAUGAAAAAAUUAAAAUCAUUGAUCAUCAUGAACAAUGUUCUUGGUUGGAUAAUAAAUUAGGUGGUCAACCUAUUUUUAAUCCAAUGUUUGAUGUAAACAAAUUGAUAAAAAAUGAUCAACUUCAAUGUACAGAAUGUUCAAUCAAUAUGGCUUUUAUAUUGCAAAUAUAUUGUCCGGUUGAUAAUUCUAAUGAUGAUCGUAUUUUAUAUUUCUUUUCAUGUGUAAACAAAGAUUGUUCGAUGAAAAAAUGUCGAUUAUUUCGUGUUGUUACCAAAGCAAAACAAGCAACCAAAAUUGAAACCAAAUUAUUCGAUGAUGAUGAUUGGGGAGGUGAUAAUGAAUCUACCAGUGAUUCAACAUUCACAACAGAACAAUCAUCCAAUGAUGUUGGUUCGACGAACAAAUAUGAUUUUGAAAAACAUUCGUAUUUUAUUCCUCAUUAUAUAUCGGUGAUAGAAGAAACGGAUGAAUCGAUCGAUAAUGAAAAAUAUGAAAAAAUGGCCAAACAAAUAGCAAAUGUUGAAGAAAAUUUCAUCAAUGAACAAUAUGAGAAACAUUAUCCCGAUGUUUUUCAAAAUGAUAAAGAUAAUUAUAAAUUUUAUAAACAAUUACAUAAAUGUCCUGAACAAAUUAUGCGAUAUGAAUUUGCGGGUAAACCACUAAAAUCAUCCGGUCGAAUAAAUUUUUCCAUUGAAACUUGCAAAAAUUGUAAGUCAAAACGAAUUUUUGAAUUACAAUUAAUGCCAUCAUUGAUAAAUGUUUUAUUGAAUAACAAAAUGAAAACAAUCGAUCAACAAGAUAUAUCGAUUGAUUUCGAAACAAUAUUAAUCUAUACUUGUGGUAAAAAUUGUUAUUCAACAACAAACGAAAUUUGCGAAGAACAAGUAUUUUUAUUCAAAGAAAAUUGUCCCGAAUUAAAUGAAAAAUUGUUUGAAUUUAUUCCUUUAAAACAAGAACGUCAAUAA